UGGCCACCUUGGAUCAAGUCACCAAUGGAUUCACACCCAACACCACCUUCCCUGCCCCAUUGUAGUGUAGGCAUCAAACCAACUGCCCUACCAACAAACUCGCCUCCCUCCUGCCUCCUGCCUUCCAUCCCGUGACGAGGUCAACACCAACCACAACGACUAACCCUUCCCCGCUGCAGGUCGAGACCGCGUUUUUGCAUUGUCUAUCUUCUUCAUGCGCGUCUGAUUUCCGGUCUCUUUAUUUCUUUCUCGAGGUCUGCUUCGGAGGGGCGCAUUUCCAGGCCCCAAAGGCACGAGGGCGUUGCCAUUUCACUGCCGCUGAACCCCCCAUCCUACUUAACCUCACGUCACCUACUUCAUUCUCCCAACCCAACCCCGCGACUCGAGGCAUCGGCAUCUCGCCUAGGACACCAUUAAAAACGCUACUCUACACAUCGGCCUUUUGACUUGUCUGCUAGUCCUCGUUAGCCUGACACAACAGACAAAUUCCUCAGAACCAUCUUUCCCCGCCCUCUUCUGAGAUCCUACCACAAACCCCAUACCCUACACCACGCACGCCCUUGACGAAACAUCACCACCUUCCACCAUGCCGCCUAGUGGCUCUACCACGACCACGAUGCGGUCCCCUGCUGGCAUGCCCAAGGGGCCAGACCGUGAUUCGAUCCAGGACACCUGGAGCUACCUGGCGUCGGGCAUCACGAAGAUUAUGACUGAUCUUCAGAAUGGCAUGACCAUGGACGAUUACAUGGGUAUUUACACUGCCGUUCACAACUUCUGCACGUCACAGAAGGCCCACCCGAUGACCAACUCAGCAUCCUCAUCGUCCAACCUGGGAUCGAACCACAGGGGCGCACAUCUCCUAGGCGAGGACCUGUACAAGAAGUUGAUGGACUAUCUCGACCAACACCUCAGGGACCUGUUGGAGAAGGCCCUGCAGCACACAGACGAAGCACUACUCACAUACUAUAUCAAGGAGUGGGAGCGCUUCACCAACGCUGGAAAAUACGUCCACCACCUGUUCCGAUACCUGAACAGGCACUGGGUGAAGAGGGAGAUGGAUGAGGGCAAGAAGAAUAUCUUUGACGUGUAUACUCUGCAUCUCGUGCAAUGGCGUGGUGUCCUCUUCGAGAAGAUCGACGAAAAGGUCAUGGAUGCGGUCCUGAAACUGGUCGAGAAGCAACGAAACGGGGAGACCAUCGAGCAUAGCCAGAUCAAGCAGGUUGUUGACUCAUUCGUAGCCCUCGGCUUGGAUCCGUCUGACCCCAGCAAGACGACACUCGACUGCUACCGAUACCACUUUGAGCGACCGUUCCUCGACUCGACUAGAGCCUUCUACCAGAGGGAGAGCAAGCAGUUCCUUGCUGAGAACAGCGUGGUGGAGUACAUGAAGAAGGCGGUGGCUCGGCUGGAUGAGGAAGAGGAGCGUGUCAAGCUCUAUCUUCAUCCAGACAUAGCGGUGUCGCUCAAGAUGGCAUGUAAUGAUGCCCUGAUCAAAGACCACGCCAACCUCCUCAGAGACGAGUUCCAGAUUCUGCUCGAGAACGACCGCGAGGAUGACAUGGCAAGGAUGUACGAUCUGCUUGCGAGGAUUCAAAACGGCCUAGACCCCCUUCGUGCCAAAUUCGAGGCUCAUGUCCGAGGCGCUGGUCUCGCUGCCGUGACCAAGGUCGCACAAGAUGCCGACAAGCUCGAGCCCAAGGUCUACGUCGAUGCCCUUCUGGAGAUUCACGCCCAAUAUCAAGGACUGGUGAAGCGGGCAUUUAGGGACGAGCCGGAGUUCACGAGAUCACUCGACAAUGCCUGCCGGGAGUUUGUCAACCGCAAUGACAUGUGCAAGUCGGGAUCCAACAAGUCGCCUGAGCUUCUCGCCAAGUACACAGACGUGUUGCUUCGCAAGAGCGGCACUGGUGUCGAGGAGUCGCAGCUGGAGGAGACCCUGGGCCAGAUUAUGACCGUCUUUAAGUACAUCGAGGACAAGGACGUAUUCCAGAAAUUCUACUCGCGGAUGCUUGCUCGGCGACUUGUGCACAGCAACUCAUCCUCGGACGAUGCGGAAACCAGCAUGAUCAGCAAGCUCAAGGAAGCAUGCGGCUUCGAGUACACCAACAAGCUGCAGCGAAUGUUCCAGGACAUGCAGAUCUCAAAGGACCUCAACGCUGGCUUCAAGGAGCACACAAGCGGCCUCGAGGAUUCUUCGUUGCUAGACUCAUAUUACAACAUCCUUGGUACCGGUUUCUGGCCUCUGACUCCUCCGUCGACGACCUACAAUCCUCCGGCCGAAAUCGCCGGGGACAUCGAGAGGUUUACGAGGUUUUACAAGCACAAGCACGAGGGCCGGAAACUGACGUGGCUCUGGCAGCUGUGUAAGGGCGAGCUGAAGGCGAACUACUGCAAGAACAGCAAGACCCCGUACACCUACCAAGUCUCCUUGUACCAGAUGGCGGUUUUGUUACUCUUCAAUGACAAUGAUCAGAACACGUACGAGGAAAUCGCCGAGGCGACGCAGAUGAACGCCGAGAGUCUGGAUCCCGCCCUCGGGAUCCUUCUGAAGGCCAAGAUCCUCACCAUGUCGCCCGAAGAUGGGAAGCCUGCCAAGGGAAAGACAUUCCACCUAAACUACGGCUUCAAGAGCAAGAAGAUCCGGGUGAACCUCAACAUCGGAACCAAGACGGAGUCCAAGCAGGAAGAGGUUGAAACGAACAAGACCAUCGAGGAGGAUCGGAAGCUCCUGCUUCAGUCUGCGAUUGUCCGCAUCAUGAAGGCCCGCAAGAAGAUGAAGCACCAGCAACUGGUCAGCGAGACUAUCAACCAGAUCCGCACCCGAUUCGUUCCAAAGGUGGCAGAUAUCAAGAAGUGCAUUGAAAUCCUGCUGGACAAGGAGUACCUAGAGCGUCUUGAGGAUGAUGAGCUUGGCUACCUCGCAUAGACAGCCCAGCAGUACAGCAUUGAUUCGUCCACCCGCAUUUCGGAUUCUGAUUGCGGCUCAGCACAUGCGGGGCGUUGUCCGUCGUACUUUGGGGGCCGAAGGUCACUUUGGACUUGGUCAAUCUGGGGGGAGUUUAGAUCGUUUCGCAUUGGCUGUCCUUUGACGUGUCCAGUUCGCUGGGAGGGUCGGCACCGACCUGAAUACGAUGCUAGUUUUAUGCCGACAAGAGGCUUGCCUUGUCAGGCGAGCCCGGUUGGUGUGGCGUUUGAUGAUGAGGCAGGAGGGUUACGAACAUAGCCGGCUUGUUGCGCUGCGCAGCGGGCCUACGAGGAUAGAAUGACCCAGGAGCCUGUUGGGUGGAAUCAAAAAAAUUAUAUGAAUAGAUCUGCCACGGGCAUUGUAAUUACGUGAGUGCCUUAUGGGCGGGCCCACGCAGUCGCCUUUCAACAUGGCCCACGUCCUCUGACCUUAUGAUCUUGUGUUCUAGUGGGCCAAGCAAAUUGUGGAUAGACAGAGGCGCCGAAGAGUGGUUGGAGAGGGACCAGCAUCGCAGCAGAUGCAAGAAUGUUUGUUCGGCCGCAGAGAAGUAGGUCAAAACAGCCAACUUCACAACCUAACACUGCUGGGGCGAAGGCGGCAACCUGGUUUUGUAUUCGCAACCUGCCCAAUACUGCUGCCCAGCAAGGUGAUUCUCGCCACACGAUCCUAGAGCGUUGGGGGAGCCAACAUGAGGACGAACCCGCGCCGCGCAACGCGGUGUAGAACCCCUCCCCCUCCCCCCGGGUCGACCGCGACGAUGAGUGCUUGCGUGGGGCCGGUAACACCGAGGGCUCUCGCUUUCCAAGUUUCUCUCGAGGUUUCCCCGUUUAAAAACCAUGAUGAUCAGCGAAACAAGCAGCCAGACACUCGCUCACUCACACCUACCUUUUGGACCCGGCCCGGCCACAGCGUCAACCAAGGUAGCAAAACUCUAAACAAGGGCCUUGCUACGGCGAGCGUGGUUGGCCGGAAGUGGUGGAAACGGGGCCCGCCCACCGACCGCCCAAUCCCGUUGCUCCCCCCAGGCAUUGCGAGGACGCAGCGGCCUAGACCGCCCAGGGUGGAAUCGCCACGAUUGAGUGAUUGAUAUAUGGUUGUGAGACGGCUAGCAGGCGGUAAGGUUUCCCAUGACUCGCAGCCGUAAAGUAUAUAUCACUAUGCGUUACCGGGGGCGAAAAGAGUCCCAGCGACAGAGCCCAGCAGGCCAGGCCAGCUCGAGACGACUGUUGAUUCGGUCGGAAAGGGCUGGCCGGCUGUGCCAUCCGAAGCAUGCCCGCCGGUAGAGAAAGCGGCGAGAGGCUUGCUUUGUGUGGGUGGGCAUGUGUUCAUGUGCUUGUCUGUGGUUGUGGUCGACUGCGCGCCGCUAGCUACUUGAUGUGGGCAGCCCAGCAGCAGAUCGACACGGUAGUCUACCACAGUAGUGUGCUGUCCGGCGAGGAAUUGCCAGGCUGUCUGGGGCGUCGGGCAGCCUGGCAGCCUGGCAGUGUGAUUGUGGGGGCUAGCACCGGCAUUGCGACUGAGUAGUCCAGACUAAGUUGUUUUGUUAUUUUGUGAAAUAUGGAACAGCAUAGGCCAUGCCACAGAUCUCAUUCGGGGGUUUCGGGUGGGCCUGCUGCGUAUUGCUGCGAUUUCAGCCUCGUUUGGGACAGGGCUAUUUUCGGGAGGGCGGCUGAGGUCGGACUGGGCUGUGGUGGAGAGCUCCCAGCCUGUGGCCCCCUUGGGCGCCUCGUCUGGCAGUCUGGGUGCUUCAAGCCUGCCCCCUUGUCGGGAUGAAGCACCGGGUGGGCCAGGGCCAGCGCUGUGUCUGGCAUCAAACACGUGGCUCGGAGAGCGAUCCCUUUUCUCCUUCAUCGUUCCCGUCCCCGGCUUCUGGCAGCUGUGUACCGAGUACGUACUCUUGGUACUCUGCGGGCUGCUGGCUGCUGGCUGCUGCUCGACGGGGCAGGGAUUUCAGAUAUAUGACUGCCCACGGGCCCGAAACGCAAAGAGGAUCCGGUGGAAGCUACCCGGAGCUUGCACGAAGCCGCGCACGAAGCCGCUGUGGCACGCCGCACGCAUGGGCCUGCGCGUCGGGACUGUUGGGGCGUGCUGGCUGGCUGUGUCUUGGCGGCAACGAGCGCCGCGCAUGACGAAUUCGCCGUGGCCUGGUAUUACCUGGGGGGGCAUCACGUAUACAAGCGGUCGGCACGAGCUGUCAAGCUAGCUGUAUUACAAGCUGGUCCUGCUCAGGGCAUGCCGGCAUGGUAUCGACCGGGUACCCGAGCUGGGAUGUGUGCUGGUGACGGUCGGCAGCCAGGGCUCAGUUCGGCCGAGAAGGCAAACCCUUUUUGGGAGAUGGUUGCCGGCCCAGUCAGGAAGCCAGGGAGUCAGGGAGUCAGGGACUCAAGGGACUCCUCAGUGUCGUCUCGAGUCAAACGAACGGGUGGCUGCGAUGGGGGUGGCUGACAGAGCAGCCAGCACCCAGCUUGCCCAGGUCGGCAUGUCGGCAGGUCGGCAGGUCGGCAGGCUGACGGAACAAGGCUGACACGCAGUGGCGUAGGGAUCAUAGAUUGGCAGAUUGGGUGCUGUGUAUGUAGACAGGUAGAAUAGCAGAAUGCUCAGACGAACCCCGUCUUGUCAGCAUGCCCAGGUGCCGCAUGGGCUCGGGCAAUUAAUAAUUGGGCUCCGUCACAGGCGGAGACGAGGACGCUGCCGCCAUGCCGCCACCUCGCACGAGUGGGCAGUGGGCAGUGGGCGGUCGACAGUGGACAGUCGAAGUGGACAGUGGACGGCAGUCGAAGUCAAAAGUAAAAGCAACCUUGAAAGGCCAAAAGCCAAAACCAGGAUGAGAGCCGACGAGAGGGCACACCCCGGGAAAUUGCUCUGGCCUGCCGUGUGGGCGGGCGGGCGUGUGGGCGGCAGGGCGGUGGGCAG